AUGAGUUCUGUUUGCAUAUCAAAUUGCGUUGAUGAUGCGAGAAUCCCGAUCAGAGCCACCUACAAAAACCUCUACAAGUGGCCGGAAUCCGACGCCGAGUUCAUGAAGAAGACAAUGGUAGGAUCUAAUCAGCACCGUCGAGAUGGGCCAGGAGUCGUCGAUAGCAUCUCAUGUAGGCAGUUAUAUCUCAGGAGUUAUACUUUCUCGAAAAAGGAGACUGCCGGAAAAACCAAAAAGUGCUUGGAUCGGGUGAGGCAGAAAGUGGUGGCGCAUCAGCGGAAUAAGAGGAAAGGAGCGGAAGUAGGCCGAGGAAGGCGACGGUGCGUGGUGGUGAUGAGGAGAGUGAAGGCCGUCUCGCGCAACGCUUUGUCUGCGGUUUUCAAGAGGCUGUUGUUAUUUUGCACUGUUGAUAGUAGAAUCCGUUAA